AUGGACUUGGUCGUGGAAAAGUUUCAUGCUGAGCCUGUCAUGACGUUCAUGGCUGAACGGCCAUUGCUGGCAAGAUGUGCCCUCGUUGGCGUCUUUGGUAUCCUCGUCCAUCAUCUUGUCUUCAUUAAAAAUGAAUGGCAUAUGCAAGGACCUCGAAUCAUCAAGACCGUUGUUGCCGCAUAUGCAGUCCUGGCGCUGUUGGAGGCAAGAAAGACCUUGAGUGUUGCCGCUUUUGGACAUGCUGGCCUCAUCGUGGGCAGCUUCACCUUCUCUCUUCUGUUCAGCAUUGCUGCUUAUCGUCUCUUUGCUCAUCGCACUCGCCACUUCCCUGGCCCUCGUCUAGCAGGUCUGACCAAAUUAUGGCACAUGUACCAAUGCCGCAAUGGUCAGAACCAUCUGGUCCUGGAGAGGAUGCGUCGCGAGUAUGGUGACUUCGUCCGGACGGGUCCGAAUGAAAUCACCGUCUUCCAUCCGAAUGGAUUGGCCCUGCUCGAUGGGCCGGGCAGUAAAACCAGCAAGUCCGUCUGGUAUGACUUCCUUCUGCCAAAUGUCGGUGUGACUACCAUUCGUGACCGAGGCUGGCAUGACCAGCGUCGGCGUCUGUGGAUCAAGGGCUUUUCGAACAGCGCAAUGCAGAAGUACCAAGAGCACAUUGAGGCUCAUGUCAAAGAUAUGGAUGCUAUCAUUGCCGGUGCUAAGGGAAGCCCCGUCCCUAUUUCCACGUACAUCUACUGGUUUGCUUUCGACAUCAUGGGUCUCUUUGCCUUUUCUCGCUCCUUUGACAUGCUUCACAGUGAGCGCUGGCACUACAGUAUCCGCAAUCUACGCAAAGCCAUGACUUUGCUGGGCCCUUUCUCCUCGGUGCCCUGGGCUGCACAGAUUGGAUUUUGGUUGCUUAAGGGGUACUGGGUGGUGCACGACUGGCACACUAUGAUCUCUUGGUGCGCUAACCAGAUGCAGCUUCGCGUUGAUGAACCGGAUUCCCACGACGUGGCGCAGGGGAUCAUCGCCGAUUCAAGAAAGAGGGGCACGCUGAAAGAAGACCAGGAGCAGCUUGUUGGUGAUGCUAUCGUCGCAAUCGUAGCUGGAAGUGACACCGUCGCCCCCACGCUGGUGUUUGCAAUCUACCAAUUGGCCUUGAAUCCCGACAAGGCUGAAACAUUGUAUCAAGAAGUCAAGGGUGUGAGCAUCAAAGAUACAGCCACUUUAAAGAAGCUGCCCUAUCUCAAUGCCGUCAUCAUGGAGACCUUACGUCUACACCCUGCCGUCCCUACAGGAGGUAAUCGGGAUACACCACCCGAAGGUAUGAUGAUCGACGGCACUUUCAUUCCGGGUAACACGACUAUCGUUGCUCCUCGUUAUGUUCUGGGUCGAUUGGAAAGCUGUUUCGUUCGACCCAAUGAAUGGAUCCCCGAACGUUUCGAUACUCAGCCCGAGCUGGUCAAGGAUACUCGUUCAUUCCUACCUUUCGCUCAAGGUCGCUACACAUGCCUGGGCAAGGAUGUCGCGAUGAUCGAGAUGUGGACAGUUAUCACGGUCCUCAUUACUAAAUAUCGCUUCGAUUUCCCUGCUGGCCAGCGCGAGAAGUAUAUCCAAAGCGUCGAGGGCAAGAUGAGGGACCAGUUUACGGCUACGCCGGGUGAUUUGGCCCUGGUGUUCACCAAGAGAGAGAAUGUUGCGUAG